GCAUAAACCUUCGAAUGCAUAUUGAGCGAGCUAUUUGACAAGUUAACAGCAACAACUUACAGCAUGUACUGUUUCCUGGCUAGAUGUACGUAUGUUGAGUUAUUCUCACCUGUUACUGAACUGAUGAUGAAUGUUGUUUUUUUCAGGUAUGGUCCUCUUCAUGUGGGCGGCUGUCCCAGUGAGAUUCUGGAUGAGACACACUGCUUUUGGGUCAUGUGCCCGCAUCCCUGCUGCUGGGAGGCUGAACAGCGUGUGGCCAGAGGCGUCGCAAGACGCGUACAAUCUAGAACACCUGGCAGGAGUAACGUCAAUGCUCUUUCACAAGAAGAGUGUCCAACUCUUAACGUUGUGAAUGUGUCAGAGUGGGCCAAAACCAGAAAGCCUCCAAAGGAAAACAUGCUUUACAGAGCAUUUAGCUCGGAGAGCUGUCACCCAGUCACUUCCCAAUCCCAGCUCUGCAGCCAAUCACAGAACUUCUUGAAGGACUCUAAUAUAAGAUUAGAGAGACUAAAAGACCUUCACUUUCCUGAGUGUACCUCUGCUGCUAAGAGCCCCCACUCCACAAAUUACAAGCACAACAAGGAUGUUAAGCUGAGCCUGGCCCAAAUCAGCCCUUUAGAUCGUUCUUCUGGAGCCUUGUGUGGCAGCGUCUCCAUGGUGAUGUGGAUACCCAACCCGAACCGCGUCUCCCAUGAUCCCGCUCACCAUAGACGGAAAUCUUCGCACGUCGGUGUGAGAAACAUCGCUUGUGUUCCUUCCUCCCUUUUGUGUGACAUCCCAAAACCGAACAGAAAGGAAUCCAGAAACAUUCAGAAGACUGAACACCUGCAGCAGACCUGCACACAGCUGGCAUCACCCAAUGGGAAGCCACGUGCCCCUGGUCACAUGGUUUCUCAGAUAGUGCUCCACACAGCAGACGUUGACCUCACGAACCUGAGGGGGGCAUCCACCGCCGCAGCUGAAGCCGAACUCGCCGCCGGUGGGAACCGGGGGGUCCUACAGCCGAAGCCUGAGCCGGAACCAUGGCCUGGCCCCCGUCCCGGAGAACCCGACGCCUGCCCCGCGGCCGAGAGGGAGAGAGGGCCUCGGAGAGAACCCGCGCAGCGCACCCUGCCGCGGCUCGCCCGGUGCACGCUGGGCAGCGCGAAUGUGGCUGAAGGAAUUGAUUGGCUGAGACUCAAGAGUCAGACACACCUUUGGAAGAAGCGCGACCUACGGCAGGACUGCGGCAAGGACAGGCCCGUCUUGGCUCCGCCCCAUCCCCCCCAUCACUGGGCCGGCACCCACCGCCUGUCCAAAGCCACGCUACACCACCAUCACAGGAGUGCCCUGGAAAUAGGGCCUGCUGUGUGCCGCUGUGCGGAGUGUGCGGAGGAGAUGCGGGGCUGUGGGGGAGACGGGCGUUCGGACUUUAGCGCAGCAGGGGGCUUUCCCAAGCUCAGUCAGGGCUCCGCCCCUAUGCGCUGCAGCUCUCUUCAGCCUUUAGACGCAGACGACAUCGGAGACAGGAAGCCGAGUGGUGGAGAUGAUGACGUCUCUCGGAGCUCCGUGCUGGAGCCACCGGACACCGCAGCCACGCUGCAGGGCACCCUGGGACGGAGGGUUACUAUAGGACAGAAGAGCGGGGGCGCAGGGCGGGGUUCUGGGAGGAGUCUGAGCAGAGGCACAGAGGGUCGUGACUCAGGAAGUGACUCAGGCUCGGAGGACGAGGACGGGGACUUCGGGCCUUCGGAGUCCCGUCUGUCCGCGCCGCCGCCCAGCCUGAGGUCUGACUUCGUCGACUGAGCUGUGACAGGAGCGUAGAGGGGUCAAAGGCCGUGAGCCACCCACCCAGGCCUAGCAACCUCGUGAGGCGGAAGUGGCAGCUUGUGCAGGGCAGAAGAAGAAUGUGUUCAAUUUUCAUUCAUGUUCGCGGGAACAACCUGGGGUUGGGGCAGUCUGGUAGCUGUCAUGUCAUUCAAGGAGGGAGGGUUCUGCACAGAUUUUCCCUGUUUCAAAGUGAUGGGAUUAAAUGGGCUGAGUGGCCUGUUCUUAUCAUCAAACAUCCUUAUGCUUAUUCACGAGAGCGACUGCUGCAGGUACAUUGGAGGUGAACGUUUGCCUAUCUGCAGGGGCGCUGCCAGUGAUUUUUGGCCCCAUGAAAGAUCUCACAUUGGCCCCCGAACACCAUUUAAUGUUUAAGUUGUACUGUACGUGAUCCUACUGUAUUUUCUGUGGGCCCUUUUCUGCCUUCAGGCCAAAAAAUUAUUGCUGAAUUAUUAAAAUGGAGCUGCUUGUCUGCAUUGAAUUGCUGGAGGACUUUACAACAGCGUGAAAGGGCUACGAAUGUGAUUUGACAUUCCACAUUGGGACAAAGGUAUAAUGCUGUAGCUAUCAAAUAAUUUUUUCCCCCCACUCAUUUUGAUAGGCAGAUAAAUAAAUAUAUUAUCUGAUGCUAAUGAAGAUGCUCAGUAUGCUCAGUACAGAGUCAUGGUGUCCUAGCAUACGUAUGUUUGAAUAUUUCUCUGUCUGCCAACCAAAUCAUUCCAUUCAGUUGACUGGCUAUAUAUGUACCAUCCCUUGGGCUCUAACUCAAGUCCUUGUGUACAGAUUGAAGCUAUGAAUGAGAAGUGUGUCACUAUGCAGUUGUCCUGCAUGUCUGAUGGUGAAAUUAAAUUCAAAUGUGAGCAGAUAAUAGGAUAAAUGUAGAUUAGCCAAAUGUUUGCCAUUGAGCUUGUUACUUACAGGCUCCAAGUCCAAGUGGCCAUAGCCUUGACCAAGGGUAAUUACCCUGAAUUGCUUAAGCAGAUAUAGAGCUCCACAAAUGAAUAAUAUGUGAAAUAAAUACAUAUUUAAAUAGACGUUGUGUAAGUUGCUCUUGACAACGGUGUCUGU